AUGAGGAUUUUCAUCGUUUUACUUGCUAUGAAUGCGUUAUGUUCUCCUUAUCAAAAUGUUGAACGUCAUCGUCCCAAUAAAGUGACUACUUUGAAAGCCGUUCCAGUGGUCAUGUGGCAUGGAAUGGGCGACUGUUGCUGCAAUCCUCUUUCUAUGGGAUACAUCAGAAAUGUGAUCGAAGAGAAUGUGGACGGAAUCUACGUGAAAAGUUUGAUGCUUGGUGAAAAUAUCGCAUCGGACACAGAGCGAGGAUUUUUGGCAAAUAUGAACGAACUGAUUAAGAACGCUUGCGAACAGAUUCGGAAUGACUCAUUGCUGCAGCUGGGUUAUAAUGGCAUUGGAUUUUCACAAGGUGGACAGUUUAUGAGAGCAGUAGCGCAACGUUGUCCUACUCCACCUAUGAGGAAUUUGAUUUCAGUCGGAGGUCAACAACAGGGAGUCUUCGGUCUACCGUAUUGUCCAGGUGACACUAGGUUAUGCAAUAUAAUACGCAAGCUGUUGGAUAUGGGAGCGUACAACCAUUACGUUCAGCAAACUGUGGUACAAGCUCAGUAUUGGCACGAUCCGUUACACGAGGACGACUAUAAGGAGAAAAGCAUCUUCCUAGCAGACAUCAACAAUGCACGGGAUAUGAAUCCCGAAUACAAGAAGAAUCUUUUGAACCUGAAAAAUUUCCUGUUGAUCAAAUUCAAAGGCGACAAUAUGGUUGUGCCGAAGGAAUCAUCGUGGUUUGGCUUCUACAAAGAAGGCGAUUUAGACACAAUUUUGCCGAUGAACGAGACCAAAUUGUACCAGGAGGAUCGAAUAGGAUUGAAGAAGCUUGACGAGACAGGUCGGCUUCAUUUUCUUGCUGUAGAAGGUGAUCAUCUAAAAAUCGAUAAGGAAACCUUUAUAAAGGAAGUCAUAGAGAAAUUUUUGAAGUAG